AUGGUGCCAGGGCUUCUUCUCAUGGUCACUCUCCUCCUCUCUCCAGUUAGUGUUACGUUUGUUCCCACAGGUACUGGGAUAAAGAAUUAUGAAGUGGUUCAUCCCAUAAAAUUUCAUCAUCUACUACACAAAAGAGAAGUCAAAGAGCCAGAGCAGAAGGAGCAAUUUGAAACUGAGUUAAAGUAUAAAAUGACAAUUAACGGGAAAAUGGCAGUGCUGCAUUUGAAAAAAAGCAAGAAUCUCCUUGCACCAGGCUACACAGAAACAUAUUAUAAUUCCACUGGAAAGAAGAUCACCACCAGCCCACAGAUCAUGGAUGACUGUUACUAUCAAGGACACAUCAUUAAUGAAAAAGUUUCUGAUGCUAGCAUCAGCACAUGCAGCGGUCUCAGGGGCUACUUCAGUCAAGGAGAUCAAAGGUACUUCAUUGAACCUUUAAGCCCCACAAAUCAGGAUGGACAGGAGCACGCACUUUUCAAGUAUGAUCCUGGAGAAGAGAUGCCCCACAGCAGCUGUGGCAUGAGUGACGUGUUAUGGACACAUGGAUUGGAAAAGAAUGUUUCCUUACCUGCCACCAGAAUGGCUAAAUUGAAUGACCAGAAGGUUAAAAGAAGCAGGAAAUACAUAGAAUAUUAUAUCGUCCUGGAUAAUGGUGAGUUUAAAAAGUACAAUGAAAAUCCAGAAGAAAUAAGAAAGAGGGUGUUUGAGAUGGCAAAUUACGUCAACAUGCUUUAUAAAAAGCUCAAUACUCAUGUGGCCUUAGUUGGCAUGGAAAUCUGGAAUGACAAGGAUAAGAUAGCGAUCAGCCCAAGUGCAAACUUGACCUUGGAAAAGUUUUCUAAAUGGAGGGGGAGUGACCUCCUGAAAAGAAAGCCUCAUGACAUCGCUCAGUUAAUCACGGCAACAGAACUUUCUGGAUCGACUGUGGGCCUUGCUUUCAUGUCUACAAUGUGCUCUCCUUAUCAUUCUGUUGGCAUUAUUCAGGACCACAGCGAGAACCUUUUUGGAGUUGCAGGGACAAUGGCUCAUGAAAUGGGCCACAACUUCGGGAUGUUUCAUGACUCUGAAGUUUGUGAAUGCCCUUCUGAAAAAUGUGUAAUGGACAGAGCGCUAAGCAUCCAUGUACCCACAGACUUCAGUUCCUGCAGCCGUGUCAGCUACGACAAGUUCUUUGAAGAUAAAUUAUCAAAUUGCCUCUCUAAUGUCCCAUUGCCUAAGGAUAUCAUAUCGACCCCAAUCUGUGGGAACCAGAUGAUAGAAAUGGGAGAGGACUGUGAUUGUGGGAGUCCUGAGGAAUGUACCAACGUUUGCUGUGAUGCUAAAACGUGCAAACUCAAAGCGGAUUCUCAAUGCGCGUUGGGAGAAUGCUGUGAAAAAUGCCAAUUUAAAAAGGCCGGGAAAGUGUGCCGAUCUGCAAAAGAUGAGUGUGACCUGCCUGAAAUGUGCGAUGGUAAAUCUGGCCAUUGUCCUGAUGAUCGUUUCCACGUCAACGGCUUCCCUUGCCAAAACGGGAGGGGCUACUGCUUCAUGGGGAUGUGCCCCACCCUGCAGGAGCAGUGCACCGAGCUCUGGGGCCCAGACACCAAGGUUGCGGCCAAGUCAUGUUACAGCGUGAAUGAAGGUGGAUCAAAGUAUGGGUAUUGUCGCAAAGUGAACAACACACUCGUUCACUGCAAAGCAAAUGAUUCUAUGUGUGGAAAGUUGUUCUGUGAAGGUGGGGCAGAUAAUGUGCCCUGGGGAGGACGUAUAAUAAGUUUCCUGACGUGUAAAACAUUUGAACCUGAAGAUUCAAGUCAAAACAUAGGCAUGGUGGCCAGCGGGACAAAGUGUGGCCACAACAAGGUUUGCAUUAAUGCAGAAUGUGUGGACGUGGAGAGAGCCUACAAAUCAAGCAAUUGCUCAUCUAAGUGCAGAGGACAUGCUGUGUGUGACCAUGAGCUUCAGUGUCAGUGCAAAGAAGGAUGGGCCCCUCCCGACUGCGGUGACUCCUCGACUGUCUUCCACUUCUCCAUUGUGGUUGGGGUGCUGUUCCCAGUGGCGGUCGUAUCUUUGGUGGUUGCUAUAGUAAUCUGGCACCAGAACUUGAGAGGAAAGCAGAAGAGAGUUCAGAAGUCACGGCCCGCCCCUGGAGCCAGGCCACACAAACAAAAGAUGAGACUGCAGGCAGUGGAGGUUGUUCAACCCCAACAGAUGAGUCAGAUGAAGCUCCCUGUGUCUGAUCUGCCAGUAGAAGGCAAUGAACCUCCAGUUUCUUUUCUAAUUACAAAGCCAGAUUUUCCACCACCACCAAUUCCUACAUCUGCAUCAUCCUCUUUUCUUCACAAAGACACAAAAGCAAUCCCCUCUAUUGUUUUCAAGAAUAAGCCAAUGUCUACACCAAAGGGAAGUGGAGGAGGAUAA